GGGCAAGGGGCGCAUGCGCGCUGCUGCAGGGCUGGCGGGGGACGGUGUCCGCCUGGUGCCUGAGUGCGCUGCUCGCCGCCUUCCCGCAGGCACAAAAUGGCGGCGGCGGCCGUCUGAGGCCGGGCGGCAGCGUCGGCGGGCCCGGCAGGGGGAUGCUGAGAGGGGUCCGGAGCCCGGCAGGCCGCGAGCAGGCUCCGACACCCACCCGCACCAGCAUCGGCCCCGCAGUGAGCGUCACUCCUCGCGAGGGGAGGUGUUCCGGGGGUGUGGAAAAAUGGCAAAGAGAAUUGCAGAAAAGGAACUGACUGACAGAAACUGGGAUCAGGAGGAUGAAGCUGAGGAGGUGGGAACCUUCUCAGUGGCUAGUGAGGAAGUCCUGAAGAACAGAGCUAUUAAAAAAGCAAAGCGCCGACACAUUGGAUCAGAGUCUGAAGGUGGAGGAGCAUUUAAAGGGUUUAAAGGCUUUAUGUUGCCUUCUGGAAAAGGAGGCGGCGGCUUCAGUGGGUUUGGUAAUGGUGCAGGAAUAAAGCCUUUAGAAGGCCUGUCUAACGGAAGCAGUAGUAUCUCUAGUACUCCUUCAUUCAGCAGUUUGAAGACAACCUCUGAAACACAAUCUGUAUUUGGAUCCACCAUAUCAAAUGGUCCGGCUACUACUGCAUUUACUGAAAAGAAGGCUGUAAGCCCAAAAACGAAUGGUGGCAGCCAACCAUCAUCUUCUGGCUAUACUCAGAGUAAAGUCUGCAGCUCUAGUGUUUAUCACAAACAGUUAGCAGCUUUAAACUGUUCUGUGCGGGACUGGAUAGUUAAGCAUGUAAACACAAACCCACUGUGUGAUCUGACACCCAUCUUUAGAGACUAUGAGAAAUAUUUAGCAACUAUUGAACAACAACAUGGAAGCAGUAGUGACAGUGGUUCUGAAAAUGAAAGCAAGACACCUGGCACUCAGCCUGUUCCCACAUUUGGGAAUUCAAAGCUACAGCAAGGAUCGACAUUUUUGUUCAACAACAAAACUGAGGAUACCUCGGACAAAAAACCUGAAGUUACAGCAGAAAAAAGAGGCCCAUCAUUAGGAGCUACAUCAACUGUCUCAUUUAACUUUGGCAAGAGUGUUGACAAUUCUGUUUUGGGUUCCCUUGGCUCAGGAACAGUUAGUAGUUUCUCAUUCUCUGCUGGGAAUUCAGGUUUGUUUGGAAAAGACAGAAACUCAACAAAGUCUCUCACUGCAGUAUCCACCAAUGCAUUAGAAGCUCAGACAGAAAGUGGGAGUAGUGAUGAUAAAGAUGGAGAAGAGAAGGAAGAAGAGCCACCAAAAGUCAUUGUUAAUGAAAUAAAAGAGGAUGAUGCUUUCUACUCAAAGAAAUGCAAGCUGUUCUACAAAAAGGAUAACGAGUUUAAAGAAAAAGGUGUAGGAACAUUACACUUGAAACCAGCAGGAAAGGAAAAAACUCAGCUCCUAGUCCGAGCAGAUACCAAUUUAGGAAACAUACUGUUGAAUGUUCUAAUUCCACACAAGAUGCCAUGUACAAGAAUGGGAAGAAACAAUGUUCUUAUAGUUUGUGUUCCAAAUCCACCAGUUGAUGAGAAAAAUCCAUCUGUUCCUGUCACUAUGUUAAUAAGGGUGAAAACAAGUGAGGAUGCAGAUGAGUUGCACAAAAUCUUACUGGAGAAGAAGGAGGCUCAAGUAUACUACAGUCAGUGAUUUCAGAAAUUGCCAAAAUGCUGCUGCUCUUAUUUUUUUCUUCCAUAACUUCACUUGAACACUUAAAUCUUACUCUGAUGUUAAGACCUGUUAUAGAAACUCUGGAAAAAUCUGUGAGGAAAAUCUAAACUAGCUAAUAAAAGCUUUAAUAGAACAAACGUUGGACCAUGCUCCCUUCUUUCAACAUCUAAAUACAGGACCUCUUCUGGAUAAACCACAUUGAUCUAAAUUAAGGCAUAUUUUUAACACUGGUCAUGUGACUGAAUGGACUGAAAUCAGAGUAGAAAAUUAGGGCACCAGAGAUUCUUCAUAGACUGUGGUGCAAUGCAGAACCCUCCUGUUUUGAGAGGAUGUUCAAAUGUAACUGUUUAAACUGUUUCUGUACUCUGAUUUUUAACUUUAAUAUUAAUGUUCUGUUGAGAUUAAUUUUUUAAGCCAUCAAUUAUGACAAUGUACCCAAACACUAAUGAUGAUGUAUAUUGUACUGUUUCAACUCUUACAGACUUGUGUGAUUUUGGGGGACUUUUGACUGCAUCUCUAGCUAUUUAAAACAAAGUUUGCUUGCAUAAUCUUGUUGACAGUGGUGUUUCUUAGAGAACUGUCAGUUCUGUUAUUACUGUAGCAACAAGCUAAUGCUGUGCAAUAUUAUAAGCAGACAACUGGAAGACUGUUUAUCUUGGACCACAACCACAGAGGGCAUUUAUCUGACAAGGCAGAGGCAAAGGCUUGUGCUUCCAUUAUGGUCAGUCAGAGGAAUUCUUCCCUAAUCCCUUGGGCUAAAACUCAACCACCACAGAGGCAGAGCUGUAAGUGUAUGUGUUGUGCUACUUACUUGUACUUUACUGAAGAUAACUUUUCACAGACAAAAUUCAGGAUUUUUAUAAAAACCUUGUCUUGGGCUGCUACCACAACUGUGUGCACAAAUAUGUUUCAGUAAUUAUCCUUCCCCUGUGCUUAAAAAUACAGUAUCACUGUAUUUUUAGAGCAGUAGUUUGCAGAUCUAGGACAAGCUUUCUGUUACAAAUAGGGAGCACUAGUUUAAUCUGUAACUGUGUUCAGUAGAGUUAAACCAUGUGGCAAUAAUUCAUAGAUAAGAACAUUGUUCUGUUCUGAAUUUCCAUCUCAGCUUUAUCAGACAUUUUUAAAAAAUCCUUUUGUUUUUCAAACCUUGUCCUAGUUGGCUGGAAACUCCUUCCCUGUUAAAUAUUUUUUUUGCUUCAGUUCCAGCUCUAGAAACUAUCAAAGAGCUAGAGGCUAAUGUUUAACUUGAACUGCCCUUGUAUUUGUCUCACUGACCAGCUUGGGGAGAUGAAAGAAACACACCAACCUGCCUCUGGCUAAGGGGGCGUGGGGAACACAGGUGAAAGCAGCAGCAUGAUGCAAUUCUCACAAGGGACUCUGUAAUGCCUAAUGGGGAAAAAGCAGCAGUACCUCUUGAUGAGCUGCAGCACAUCUUACCAGCUUUCUUCUGCUCUCCAUGGGAGACCAAAUGGCAGCCCUAAUUUACUGCAUGCUUCAGGUUAAGGCCUUCCCCCCCCAGGUAGAGGAUCUGGUCUGAUAGACCAAAGUUCAAAAACAAAGGCCUUUGUUUCCCUUUCAGCUACACUGAGGUCACAGGAAUUGCAUUUUCAAUAUUCAAGUGCAAAAGGAGUUGAGAUACCAUUUGAAGUAUUACUUGAAAUUGGUGCCUUUUUUUUCUUUUCAGCCAGCUUAGUGUUUAACCAGUGAAAAUAAGUGAGGCUACUUUGUUGUCUUUCUGAGACCUUAAUUGGAGGCCAAAAAGCUGAGAUCAUACAUGUUAAUUGUGUAUGAAUGAAAAACAGAAUAUUGCCUGAAAGUUCAUUAUAGGCUCAGGUUUAAUGUCCAAGGGCUCAGUUAAUAGUGCAUUUGUCUUUUGACUGUAGUGUUUUAAACAUAGUUCCAUGAAGACGUGUCUUGAGAUUAGAUUGCUGGAUGGGGUAAGCAGAUUUUUUUAUAUAUCUCACUUUAAGAACAAUUCAAUACAGCGUGUUUCAGUGGCCUUAGUUUUGUGUUUUUCUAAAUCCGAUGGCUAUAUAGAUUUAAUACAUAUCUAUUGAAGUGUGGACCAAUUAACUUAAACCACUUAGAGACAAACUGAACUUUCUAUAUAUCCUUAAUGAUUUGCCUCCAAAUUGAGGCAGACUUGGUGUUUUGCAUGCACAUCUUUGGCCUGAUUCUAAAACUGGCAAAUGCAUCUUUGUUGUAUUCAAGGGUGGCCACUCUGAGCACAAAAUAAUAAAGAUAAACAGAGUAAUAAAAAAGUGUGUUGGAAAACAAUAUCCAUGUCAGCAAGUACUAUUUUCUAUUAGCUGUGGGAAAGACUAAUUGAGAUGAGAAAUCAGGAUUCUUUAGCAGUUUACAUAUUUAUCAGUAAAGCCUAAGGGAAAGUAAUAGGAAUCCUGUGUUAAUGAGAAUGUCAGAUAUAUGUAUAAACAUAUGGUUUUAAAACUUUUACAUGGGGAAGUUGCCACUAAGAGGAGGGAAGAGUUUCACUGCAAAUUAGAGAUUGAAUCAACAUCAUUCAUAGUGACUCUGCAAUUAUCUGAACUAUGAUGCAAGAGAAGGAAGUCAAACUGCACUUGGUCAGGUAUAAAGCACAAUCCUACUCUAAGACUGUUUAAAAAAAAUCUUUGAUGCUUCAGUUUCUAGUUAAAUAUUGAAAUACAUUGUUAUUGCAAAAAGCCAGGGAUUAUUUCAUAGGGGGGAAAGGCCUACAAUGAGUUAAAAGCAAGUUUUUAGCACAGAAAUCAAUGCCUUCAUAACAAAGUGGCAUAUGCUAUACAAGGAAGGAAUUUUGAUCAGGAUUUCAACUCAAUGAAGCAUUCCUGGUUGGCACAUAUUAUAUUCAACAGCAUCAGAUGCCUGAUCUUAAAGAUGUAAGGGUCCUCCCUAAUUUGAGUUAAUACCUUGACUGCUAUAACUGUACAUACAUGUUGGAGCAUCUAAUGGAUAACAUGCAUUACAUGCAUUCUUCCUUUUGCUGCGACUGAAAUUUCAGCAGCUUAGAAAUCUUUUCUACUCCCCCUCCCCCCCCCAAAAAAAAAAAAUCAAGAUCUAAGUUUCUUUUAAUUUUCAGUCAUCACUAAGGGACAUUAUUACAGUUGGUAUGAAUUUCAUUUUAAAAUACCACAUUGCUAUAUGUAGUUUUUAUUUUUUUAUUUUUUGUAAUGUUCUUAAAUGACCUAUUUGGCAACACAACGGUGAGUGUCUUCCAAUAAUAUCUUCUGGCUGAUGGACAUAAAAGUUCAAGUGAAAUGUAUAGUUCCAUAUGUUGUAGAACAUAAAACAAGAGGUAGGCUUUAAUAAUAACUCCUGUUCAGCUCCUUUUGCAGCACUGUAACACUUAAAAUGUCCUUAAAACUUCCUUUCUGAUGCCUUAUUUACAUUUGCUAAAACUUUGUAACUGGUGCCUGUGUGCAAGAAAUAACUGACAUUAAACAAUUUAAAGUGGUAUGGUCUAGUAUGAAUUCAAUAAAAAUGUUGAAUGUGACAAUUUGUUAGAGUUUAAUAGAUUUCAAACUGCUCUGAAUUUUUCAGUGGAUAUUUAAUUUUCACAUAAUUUGUCAUGUAACGAUGUUUUCAUUAGUUCUAACACAUUGAGGAAGUGUACAAAAAUCCAUGGAAAAUGUGAAUAAAUGAAUGGGAGAAGUG